AAACUUUACUUUGUUUUGAUACCGUGAAAUAUUCGUAUAAUACUUGAAAUACUUGCGUUUUAGGUGCAUUUCGAAAUUUUGAGCACUGUUACUCCCCCCGUCUGCCGCGCUUACUGCUCGUCGAAAUUAUUUUAAGCAAAAACUUCUUAUGAUAACCUGCGUGUUACCUCGUUUUACUAACUUUCCCAAAUCCCUUACUUUAUAAUUUUUUAAUUAUUCAUAAAAAAACAAUUUAUACGAUCUCUUAAAUAUUAAUACAAUUUUACUCAGUUUUUGAUUAUCUUUUUUCUUCUUCACCAGUAUAGGGUAUGAUUUCAUACCUCAGCGAGGCGAUAUUAGUAUUCAGCUCUCAAUGCGCUAUUCAACUAAAAGCGUCUUUAUGACGUAGUAAAAAAAUUUAAAAAUUCUAAACGCAAAUGCUUACAAUAAUUUUUAUACGAUACAAACAUAACGACAAUUAUUCGAAUGCAUAUUUAUCAACAUGAUAAUUAAUGUAAAUAAAUGCACACUGAAUUAAUAAUGGUGUAUUUACAUAAUUAAAUGGUUAAUGAACCAUAAUGUUGAUGUCUUGUGUAUGAUUGCAAGGCGUUUAUAUGUGUUUUCAACUCAUCGAAAUAUGAAUUUGCUCCUUUCUCUUCAUGUCUAGUAGGUUAACAUGGCUUUUUCUGGUUUUACUGAUGAACAAAUGUACCUUCGGGUAUCUUCAAAGUCAACAAUUUUCUUGUCCGUCUGGUAGAUCUGUGUUUAUAUCACCCAUUCUUCAUGAAAGAUUUCAACUUCAACAAUUCUCGUACAGUAAACAAGACUGUUUGCAAUCUUGCUGUGUUUCGCCAUUAUGUUCUGCAAUAUACUACAGCUUCUUUAUAUGUUAUCGUUGUCAAGGAGACUGUCAAAAUUAUUUGGAAAAGAAAACGUUGGAAAAUAUUUCGGACAAUAAAUUUUUAGAGAAUCCUCGACACAGUGCAGUUCAAAUGCACGAUGAUGUAUCCAACGUAGAUCUAGAGCAAACCUGCACAGGAAGUGCAGUCAUGUUAUCUGCAAAAUUAAGAAAUGGACGGGAAUCUGGAACAUUUAAGGAACAACCACGUGUUAACACGAUAAAUGAAUGCACAACAAAAUGCUGUGCGCUGAACACAUGUGAUGUAGCGUAUAUGGUGGCUGACAGAUGUUUUACAGUUGACUGUCAUUCUGAUGACGAUUGUCAGUGGUUGACGGACAUGUCACAUACAAAUUCGAAAUUGGUGUACGUUACUAGAGGUGAAAAAGAGAAGAAAAAGAAAAAGAAGAAGAAGAAGGAUUCUGCCAUAACCUCGUCAUCGCAACACCCUUCUCCGUCCCAGCAAAAUAAAGUACUACCCACACAAUCAACAAAAAAAGAUCAGUUUGCUCUGCUGAAGGAGAUUUUCCAUCCACGUAAGCAAGACGUUGAGUUAACACAGCUCGAACGUUUCGCUCAUGAUGGUUUCAUUAAUAACCGUGCUAUUGAUGAUGUCCAAUCAUCACUUCUUGAUUCUGCUGACUCAUCAGAAAGUGGCAGCGGUGAACAAACAGAUAGUGAUAACUACUUUGACACUUCCGAUUUUCAGUUUCAAAAAACACAAACGAAAAAGUCAAGCAUUCCAACUGAAAUACCCGUUAUCUAUUUAAAGGGAGUGGAUCCAGACUCCUUUGAACUAGGUGCGGAUGAUUUUUCCACGUUAGGCCACAACUCGACUACCAAGACCGUGUUAGGCCACAACUUGAUUACCAUGACAACUAGAGCACCUCCGGCAACUGCUCUAAAAAUCACUAUUGAGAAGUUUAAGGACAUUAAUGGCAACAUUAACAAAUUAGACAAGAAUUUUGAAAAACAAGAAGAAGAUAAAAAGAUCAUAGAGAAAGCUUUCGGUAAAUUACAGAAUGAACCUUUUGAUGUAAAGAACUUUGCUCCAGCUGCCACUAAAACACAAACUUAUGGCAACAAAGCACCGGGCAUUGAAACCGAUGAACAACAUUAUAAAACAUACCCGAAAUUGGCACCAGCAGCGACCAAAUCCCUCGUGCCAAAUCAUGUUACCCCGAGUAAUGCUACAACAGUGAAUAAUAAAACCGAUAUCGAAGCAAAAACAAAAACCAGAUUAAAACCAACAAAACAUAACAUACCAAGUGCUGUUAUUUUUAUUCUGAACGAUACUGAUUCUAAAGAUGGCGGACAACAAAAUUCGAACAAGGAACCUUUGUACAAAAACAAUGAUUUUGUUAAUAACAAUACGAUAAAAUCUCGAGGUAAAAUUACAGACCAGACGCCAGUUGUAUUUAUAAAUGACGAAAAUUCAAAUUUAACGGUAAGUAAACAUAGCAGUGGUAAACAAACAAAAAGCAAAAUGGAUAUGACGCAAAAAGAUGAAUUGAAGAAGUUGCAGUCUACAAAUAAAAGUUUGAUGGAUGCAAAUAUGGAAAUGAAAAAUGAUAUACCAGUUGUGUUUAUAAAAGAAAAUGAAAACGCCGCGGAUGAUAUGCAUAAGUCAAUACCGCACAUAGCGACCACAACUAGGUCAUCUAUACCAAGAAAGGCAGAUUCGCAAAAUAGAACAGGUGCCAAAAGAGGCAACCAACAUGAAUCAGAAAAUGAUUUUCUUGCAAGUAAGACAGCUUUACCAGGAAAGAAUCAAAAGUUUAACGAAAGUCCAACCGAUCCUACUAAGAAGAAUACUUAUACGAACGCGACUGUCAAUCAUACGAAAAGAUAUGCGACCAAACUGGUCCAUAAUGCUACAAAAGUGACUUUAGCCAACAGCUCUUCAGUGGUGUCUCAAAUUAUAGAUCAAUUUUUACCACUACCAUUUGCCGGAUACCAUUUUGACAAUUACACCAGGAUAUUUUUUAAGAAAAACAUCACUCUCAACAAUAGCUCAAGCUAUUCGUUCAAUAACAACAGUUUUCCAGCACAUAGUAUGGAUUCCAGCAAGAGACAGAAUGAUCAGACGAAAGAACGACGUGUUGGUGGAAAUCCGCACAAAGUGUGGAACAACAAAUCAACCAUGGAGAACUUAGUAUUGAGAUUGUUAAAUGCGGACGCCAAAAUUAUCAACAAAUCAAGUCAUUUGUUGUCUGGAAUGAAAGCAAAUGAGAAACAGGACUUAUCGAGGCAUUUAAAGAAAGUCGGACUGCUCGCUAUCCAUACUGCUGAUGUUAUUCACAAAACUGUCGACCUAAAAAAUGAGUCAGCGUUGCGUCAGCAUUUUUUGUCACUUGGAAUUAAUAAGAGUCACGUUGCACCUUUGGUAAAUUUAAAACAUAAUAUUAACAAGGAUAGCUCAGUAAAAAAUGAUAUAAUCAGAGGUUUGUUAAGGAUCGGUGAGACAGCCAUCAACGAAGGAGCUUUGAUUGACAGGAGUAACGUUUCCUCCAAUCAUACUAAAAGCAACCAUAAAACCAACCAAUCAAAAAAUCCGAUUCAUUAUUUAUAUGACAAGAUUAAAAGUAUAUACAACGUGUUGGAUAACUAUUCGAAGGCGGCUUCAAACAUGAAUAAUACUGAAAAGAAAUCAAGCAAACUUAAUUCUACUAGUAAUACAGCAAGGAUGAACUAUGAUAAACAUAUCAGCCCAUUAGUGAAGCAAAGUUAUUUGACAAAUUCAUCCUCGGAAAACUUGGUCAACAAUAAGAUAUCACGAGUUGCUUCUCACAAGUCAGCUCACAAAUUAUCUGAAAGCAGAAGUAAAAUGUCAAAUGUACAUUCAAGUUCACCGAAUGAAGUUGGCAAUCACACUGUAAAAAACACAAACCUUACACGGAAAGAACUUUUCGAAGUGCUCAACUUUAACUCUUCUUUAACGAAUGAACCAAGUAACACAAGCAACAGGAGGGAGAAUAUUUCAUCCCUGAAGAUGACUUAUUCAAGAAAUGCAGCAGUGCAUAUCAACCAAACUAAAACGAAAGAUGUUUACAACACAACAUCUCAAAGAUCUGUUGUUCUUCACACACCAGUAAGGGAACUUGGCUCGAAUCAUUCGAUGAAAGCAACCCCAAACGCAACAAAUCAUUUCAAAACAGAUUUACAUCUCGCAAGGCUUCAUCACCCACUACCAUACCACAAGACUCCACUAUGCCAACAUGGUAAAAUUCUUCGUUCGAUGACAUUAAAAAGAGGUCUAUCAUCUGGUAGACUUCUAUUUUACAAGCGCACUGGCCGACCAAAAAGUUGCAUCAAAUAUUGCUGUGCGACACCUAACUGUAACGUCGCUAUGACUGUGCGUGACGUGUGUUAUAUCAUGCGAUGUGGCGACAAUGACGAAUCAUGUCAGCCUGUUUUGCGAAGAAAUAAGCCGUAUUAUCAUUUGGCUUUUAUAUACAGAGGUCAUCAUAAUGUCUUAAAUAAAAAGAAAAUAAAUACAUCUUUAUCAUACAAGGGAUUGAACGGUAACUCUGAGCACUCAGUAAAGUUUAAAAGCCACACAAACGCUACCAAUAACUCUACACGCGCUAUUUUGCAAGAGAUGGUAAAUCAAACGAAUGAAAACCUCACCACAACGAAAAGACAAAGUUUAGCAACCAAACCGACGCAGCUUCACAUUCCAAAGAAGGUCAUUACAAGUAUGUUGAACAAGCUGGAUCAUGCCCAAAAACUUUUAUUAAAUGCCACUAUGAACUCUUCUGAGAAAACUACACCACAACGUUACUCCCCUCCUUAUACUCUUUCGAAGAAUACUUUACGUAACAAAAGCAUCUCUAACUUUUCCAAAUGGAAUGCCACGUUGAACUUUCUACGAAGUGUACUUAAAACAGCUCAUCGGCAGAAUAAAACUAGUCAUCGUCAAAAUGAAGCCAGUUAUCCUCCCAAAAUUAAUUUGUCAAUAAAUACCACUCUACAACAGCAGCCUGAAAGUUUUACCAAACAAAUCCACACCGCUAAGAAUUUAACUCGCCUAAACAAGAAAGAUGGCAAAGUGUCAUCAAGACAUUCUUCUCAUAAAGAGAAUAUAAAUAAUGAACAUUUCUUGCAAUCUAAAAUCGAGAAAAUAGCUAAAACAGCAAACACUGAUUUGGUAACUGUCCCAACCACAUUAAUUCCCUUACAAACUGCAAUUCAUCUGCAACAAACGAUGCGGAACUCCACAUUACAUGCCUUAAAAGCUGUAAUCGCAACUGGCGCAAACAAAACAGCUCCAAUUGCUUCUCCAAAUCAACAUUCUCAAAAUCUGUCAGCUUCUAAUAAUCAACAUGUACUGGAUAAUCUGCAACACCUCCAACAUGAUGCUCAGUUGCAUCAUAAGAGUAAAGAAGAACAUGCUAAAAAAUCAAUUGAGCUGAUUAAAAACGCUCUACAAGAAGUUAAACAGAAGAAGAUAAACCCAUCUCAAAAUAAAAACAAAACAGCUAAGCAUCAAAGCAAAGAGAACGCUUACAUCAGAAGUACAAACAAAGAAACUCAUCACAAGGCGUCUUUACAUGUAACACCAAUGACACAUCACGCGAAGUAUACUGCAGAAACGCCAAAACAGGCAUCGCAUACAACGCAUCAAAACCAAAGCACCCGAUACACAGUAGAAAAUAAACGCGAGCGAGACUACGCGACCAUGUCAAGCGUUGCACCAACAUUCAAACAAAAGUUCCUAAAGGCAAUUUAUAAAUUGUAUAAUGCAACUGCUAAGCUAACUCAUCGCGGUAAGAAAUUACCAGAACGUUUACUCACCAAAUGGAAUGCAACAAAGUACUUUAUUGAAAAUGUUCUACACGAGAAUGUGCCCCCAACGCCAGUUUCUUACAGUGCAACAACAUCACCAAGGAUUGCACAUACGAAGGAAGGAGCGCCACUGUUAGUAAUGUAUAAUUAUUCCACAGAAACUCCAAGCAACAUCAAAAAUCGUACUGGUGACUUAAAAGCAUUUCACAUGAAUACGAAAGGAGAAACAAAAGUCAAAAAUGUUUCUAAAAUUCUAAGUCACACUGAAUUAUCAAAACAUAAAGGAUUGGAUAGACUUAAUAGUGAACUUGGAGAAAUUGUGGAAAAGCUUCAUCGACUUAACAAGAAGUUUUCACACAAUCUGAAAGGCUCUUCCACAGCUAGGCUCUCACCCAGACAAGAUAGCAAGUCCCAUAGUAGCCAUCUAACUAACCUAAAACCAGCAAUGGAUUUGGUGAACGAUUUAAAAAACCCUGCUUCAAGUUAUCAACCAUCACUAAAACGUAAAGAAUUAGAAGAAUUGAAUAAACAACUCGAAAGGAUUGCUUUGAAACUUCGUGAACGAAAUAGGAAAAUUCCAGUACCACCUCAACAUGACAAAUUACCAAGCAGUCCCAAGAAACACCAUGCUGAAGAAUUCUUGAACCUUGUGCUGAAAGCUAAAGAAAUAUUUCACACAUUACGGCCUAACAAAAUACCACCAAAAAGUGCAAUACAAGCAGACGUUAAGGAAACGAUACCUUUAUAUGUAAAAGAUAAAGCAGUAACGAAACAACAUAGAAAUCUUAGUGUUACCAGUAAAGACAUUGACGAUACAAUCAAAAAUACUGAACUAGAAAUAAUGCAUCAAAAGAUCAAGCAAUUGGCUAAAGAGAUUAAAGAUGGUCACAGGCUAUCCACCCAACAUCGACCACCAGUUAAAGAGUGGCUCGGCAAUGAGAAUAUAAAUUCCUUCAAUAGCAGCACGUCAGGAAAAAGUAAACUGCUAGGAAGAGGCAACAUAAUGCUGUUAGACAAUGAAGUACCUGCUAAUGAACCUCAAGGAAGUAUCCACUCCAAAGACAAAGAAAACAAAGAGAAAUCUCACGCAAAUCAUGCAGAAUCUAUUAAAACUAUUAAAAGCUACACAGGAAACUUUAAAAAUUACCAGUCCCCCCAUGGUCAUGCGAAGAAUGUAUCUCUACACACUCCACACAAAAAGUUUGUAUCGGAUACAACUGACGAUCACUUAACUGGAUCCCAACAAGGAAAGAAUAAUAAAGACAUUUUAAAACCGCGAUCACAUUCCCGUCAUACUACUAAAACAGUAAAACCACCCUUGAGCCACAAAACAACACCAAGACCAGCAUAUCACACUACAAUGUUAACUACGAUGUCAGCAACCAGGGAAAAUUAUACUAGCGUGCAACCCACAGCACCUCAACAGAACAAUAUCAUAAAAAUUCCUCCUGUGACGGUUGGAGAAAAUCACAACGAUCAUCAGAAAAGCACGGGAGGAGGUUCAGGUGAGAGUGGAGAUGAUUUAAUGAAUAGUGGAAGUAGCUCUGACGGAAGUGGAGAGCACGAUAUAUCAGGAAGUGGAGAACACAAUAUUUCAGGAAGUGAUGAGGAUAAUGAAAUAACCACAGUAAUGGAAACAACGCCUUCUUCAACACCAAUGGUAAUGACGUUGACAGUGCAGAACACUCGAAGUCCAAUUACAACAACAAUUUACAAGGCUACUGAUAGAGGCCUCAAGGCUGAAGGUAACGAUGAGAGACAAAGAGCUAUGGAGACAGAGAAACACAUGCCUUUCGCACCUGUAAACGUUAAGUCAGCUUCUAAAAGAAUUUCUAAUAUUAAAAAUGUGAAAGCAAAAAAACGCAAAUCGUCUUCUGUAAAAGCAAAAAUUCAACUUACUCAACAUAUAACACCAAAACAAUUUGAACCUACUUAUUCUCAUCGCGAAUUUUCUUCAAAUACCAUUACAAAACCUAUUGAUUUUCCUUAUAUGAUACUCGCAAAUAACACCGACAGAGCGCCAGCUCAAUCGCACCCAAAUAAACUAACAACCUCAAAACUGCUACAGUCGAACGCUGUAGAUGUUGACCAACCAGUCAUUGAAAUUAAACCCCUAGUAAGCAGCAAUGGAGUUUUAACCAAAUCGGAACAAGCUCGUAAACCUUUGAAUGCUAUUAAACCUGUUAUGAGUCAAGAGACGUACCUUCAGCAGUUAUUGCAUCUACCCACAGCUGAAGUAAGCCCACAGUAUAAGGAGGGACAAUAUAAGGAUGAAGCUAAAUUUGGAUUAAGCAUAAGCCCGGAAGAAAAACCGUUUGUAGAUAAUGUUGAAAACAGAAAUCAAAUGAAAUCUCACCAGAUGCAAGUAGAUAUAGAUACUAUCAGGCCUUCUAUUCUGUCGGAUUAUGGUCCCCGUAAACAAAAGAACUUAGAGAGAAUAGAACAUCAUGCUCAAAAUGCGAACAAACAUCGCCACUUUGUGAAACAUAAACAUCAGAAUGGAAGAAGAACAAAGAAAAUGUUUUCAAACAAACAUGUAGGUGAAAAUAUAAAGUCAAAAGGAAAAAAUUACGAUCAGAAAAAUUUAAGUAAGCAAGGAAGAAAAAAGCAUCUUCGUACUCAAGAUUAUCACCAGUCGUCACAUAUUGAUUUUUAUAAUCCAUUUGCAAUUGCAAACACUACAGCUUCUCCGAAGAUAAUUCCAGCAUAUUUCGAAGCUGGAAAAGAAAUUGGUGAGAUGCUUGCACAAACACUUGAUCAACGUUAUCACUCCAACAAGAUUGCUGAAGAUAAAAUUAAAAAUAAAGAAGUUACCAUGUCGCCUUCAAAACAUCCUAAAAUAGAGACUCAAAGUGUGUCAAAUGGCAACAUUGCUCAAGAAACAAACACAACGCCUAUUGACCCAACUGAUUCUAAACAUGUACAUGUUGUUGAUUCUGAACUGGAAAACACAGCAAUUGAAACGAAUGGUUUGAUAAAAGUUAGUCCUUCCCAAGUACAUCUUGACCAACCUGUUGAUGAUACUAAUACGAUUUCUGCAAGUAGUAUUGAAGAAAGUGAUUUGAACACCUUUGAAUCAAACGAUCUACCAGCAAAAUCAACAGAAGCUCUAGAUAGGGUGAUCAAUGCAUUUAAAAAUAAAGAGGGUAAUGUUGAAGUUGUUGACACCAACCAGAACACAGAUAAGAAGAAUCUGACUGACGCAUUUGCCGUUGAAGCAAUGGGAAAGUUACCAACAUCAUUGCCAUUUACAAAGACAUCAUCAACAUCAUCACCCACAACAACGACGACACUUGUUACACAGUCACCUACAAGAACAUUUGUUAACUUUGAUCAAACGUUUAAAAACAUACUGACACCGAGACAUAAAUCGACGACAACCACCGCGACAACGACAACGACAACGACGCCGAAACCUACGACAACGACGACAACGAUGACUACGACUACAACGACACGGAAACCUACGACAACGACGAUUACGCCGAAACUUACGACAACAACGACUGCACGUCCAACGAUAGCACAGGAAGACACCAAGACAGCUACAAAUAGCUUUUUAGCGGAAAAAAUUGAGCCGUUUUUAGGUUUGAGUAAAAACAACGAUUCUUAUUUAAACACUGGAAAGAAAUUACUUGAGCUGUUUGAAGAUGAGAUAAGACAAAAACAGGGUAAUAAUUAUCCUGAGAAAAGUAUAUCAAUAGUGCCCUUUCUUGAGAAUACUGCAGACCAGCCAGUAGUAGUUGACGUUGCACAAGGUAGAUUAAAUGAAAUCAUGACGAAACUGAGCAAUGAAGACAAAGACAUCAACUCAGAUCUGAGUGAGAAUAAGUUUCGAGAUUAUCAGGAUUUUUAUAUCAAUAAGAAAAACAACAAAAACAAUAAAUUUCGGAGUUAUGCUAAAAGUUUUUAUGGUAAGGAUAAAGAUGGCGACAAAGCUAUGACAGAUUUAAGCGAGGAUCAGGACGAAAAUGACUUUAAAAAUCAUGGUUUUCAUGCGCGUAAGAUUUCAUAUGGUCAAAAGCCAAUAAACAUCCCUGCAGAUGCAGUUAAUUAUAAUGAAGAUAAUUACAUGAAUGAACAGCCACAUAAACAUAAAAGCGUUAAGCAUGCAAAGCAUAACCUGCUUGACCUGGAUGAAAUCCUAAACUCUAAAGAUCUCGAGAAAGAAAUAAAACAGCAAGAAAAAAUUGUGCAGGAACACACUAAAAUACAUCCACUAAAUUUCCAUAGACGUCAUAAAAACAUUCGACAUCAAUCUCCAUUGGAUUUGAUAUCUCACGAUGAUGAUUUGAAUCUUCUCGACAUUGAUAAAGAAAUAAAAGCCAAAGAAAAUGAACUAAAACAUUUGAUAAAACAUUUACCAGAUGGUUCGUAUGUCACAGAAAAUGAUAAAUGGAUUGAUCCAAAGCAUGGCCAAACGCAGCUGUUAAGCGACACUGUCGAUAGUCAUGAUAGUAUAGAUGAAGAAAAUGAGCAAGGGAUUCCUCAAAUUAUUUUAGCAGAUGAUGAAAAUCCAUUAGUAACAGAAGGUGAAAAACAAAAUCAAAACACAGAGCAAGCUUUGACAUUGGAGCCAGAAAGAACAGAGACAGGUGACAGAAAGAUGCAGUUACCAACACCAUAUCAUGCACCUAGUGAUCAGUUGAAGAAUAGAAAAAGCAUGCCUAUAGAUCAACAUAAAAACCAGACUAAUCCCAAAGGACUGAAAUUAAAAAGAAUAAAGACGGAAACAGGUAGUAGAAAAAAUGAAUUGCCAAGUUUAAAAAAAGAGAAUAAAGUGGAGCUCCCGAGACCACUAAACAAAAUGACAAACGACGCUGAUGAUUUCAUCCCAACCACUUGCAAUGUACAAGAAGCUUUUUCCGAUCGCUCAUUUCGUGCUGGUUUAUAUGCCGGUAUCUUCCACCCAGUGCUCAGUACUGAUAACUUAGGUGAUUGCGUUUUAAAGUGUUGCGGAGCUCAAAAAUGUCAUUACGCCAUGUGGUAUCGACAUUAUUGUUAUUUAGUCGAGUGUGAAACUGAUGAACGUUGUGAGACUGUACCGGUAAAGCAAAACAGCACGCAUAUUCCUGUGAUUGUAAAAAUUCGAAGUGUUAAGGAAAAAAGCUUGGAUAAAGAAUCAACCAGUCUUGUUGCUCGAGCCAUGGAUGCUCUCAUUGAAAAGCUAUGGAGGUUUCAUCGCCUUGUAAAUAAAGCUAAAAGGUUAAGGAAAUGGCAAAGGCAUUCAUUAGAGGUAUUAAAACCAGCUAAUUCUACUGCUGUGAAGCAACUUACCGAGCAAAGCAAAGAUAUCAGUCUCAAUAAAACAGAAAACGCAGAUAAGGAAAGCAAGGUGGAUUUAACACCAGCUGAUGUAUUGGAAAUAGAUAUAAGAAGGCAUAAAACAACUGCUACGAUGAAUAACCAUGUAUUGCCUGUAAACGCGAAACCCAAAGUGGAAGCAAAGGGAUUGAGUGUAGUAACACCUGGACCAACAACAACAACAACAGCAAAAAAAGACGUUUUCACAACAAUACGUUCUGAAAAUUCUCUACAAAUCGAAACUAUAGAAGUCCACCCAACAAAUGCAACUCACCGCCAGAUUUUUCCAACAACUAUCCCAGCAGUCACACCCUUCCAAUCAUUUUCAUCAGAUGCAAAUAAAAACUUUGUUAUAAACUUAUCUAACAAUGGUUCUGAUGUUCCCGAUACACCUGACACAAACGUUACGCAUGUUAAAAAUAUUCCUGAAACACCAGACACAGAUGACUUAAUGGAUUUUCAGCAUCUUAAUCCGAAUGAUAAAAGACUUGAAAAAGUACCAAACGGAGUGCUUGAUCUUAUUCAAGCACAAACUAGCAAAAUACAGAUGUUAUCUGAGAAGCUGACAGAUAAACAACGAAAAAAUAAUAAGAGCGAAAAUGUGGGCAAAGAAAAUGCAGAAAGAAAACAUGUUCUAGCCAACACAAAAAAGAAAACUUACAAAACUUCACAAUUUGAAGAAGUUAUCAGCAACUUAACACAUUUAAUAGUGACUUCUAAAAAACCACUUGAUCAAGUUAUUCCGCAUGUUCACAGCAUUAUCCAAAAAUACAAUCUAACCCUACCUGAUAGCGAUUUUCUGGAUUACUUAACACUCAAACUGAACGAAUCCAUUCAUUCGAAUAAACAAGGCGACAAGCAUGGAUUAGUUCUACCCGUUCCUUUAAGACCAAUGAGCAAUCAUUCUGACCGUUAUGCCAUGUUGACUUGCCUGUCCACGGAAGUCAAGACAGGAGUCACUUUGAAAGGAGGAACAGAAGCAGGUAAUUUUAUUUUCAAAGAGAAAACCAAUGACUUCAAUCACUGUAUUGAGCAUUGCUGUCGCGAUGAAUUGUGCGAUCUUGCCAUUACCAUUAACGAAAGAUGCUAUAGUGUUAUCUGCGAGAAUAUGGAUCUGUGCACUAUCAUACCAGCUGAAGCUAAUAGCGAAUUUAACAUCAAUGUUGCAGAUGUUAGAAAGGCAAUGGCUAAUGAAUUGGAUAAUUCAGAUAAAGCUCUUGUUGAUGUAAACUUGCAGGAGGAAACGCCAGAUGUGAUUUCAUUUUGUAAGCACAGUGAAACAUUUCAUGAUGUGACAGUCAAGGGUAGUUAUGGCGCUGGUCAAUUUAUUUCUCGUGGUAAAAUUUCAAACAUCGAUGAGUGUAUACAGCAUUGUUGUGACGCCAUGUACUGCGAUCUCGCCUUCAUCAUUGGCGAUGUGUGCUACUCUGUUUAUUGUUACAGUAAGGAACUCUGUGAGAAAGUACCUGCUUUUAAUGCCGCCAUCUUGAAGCCGAAGUUGGUUUAUUUACAUAGCAGGGAACGUAUACCAUUUGAUCCAGAACAUACCGUGGAUGAUGAAUUGUUAAAUAAAACCUUGGGAAGGUUAGAUACAGCUUCAGAAGCAAUCCCAAAAGAAACAAAAGAAGAGACAAAAGAAAAUAAACCGAAAGAAAAAGAAGAUAAUGAUAGCAAAGAAAAGAACAAAGUAGCCCCUAAUUCUUCAAUGAGUGACCAUGUUGCAGGAGAAGAAAGAAAUUUUGACAUUUUUUCACCUGAUGGUUCAGUGGAAGCUACAUUUCUUGAUGAAAAUGCUAAGACUACGACAAAUUCACCACCAUUUCUAGCAGAUACGACGCCGGCAAUAUUAUUAGAUACCACUACAUCAACCGCUACUACGGCAACGACAACACCACUGCCAACAACGACGACAACAACAGCUACAACGACAACGCCAGUGCCAGCAACAACGACAACAACAGCAACAACAACGACGACGACGACGAUGACGAUGACGACGACGACGACGACGACAAAACUACCAACUUUUAUAAACAGUAAACUGAUUUUGCCAGAAGAAAUCCUCAAACCUGCAUUUUCCGAUGAAAAGCCAGAACCUAAUCAUUUAGUAAAAGACUUGAACGCUCAUACAGACGAAACAGAACCAGAAUUAAUUUCCUCCACUAUGAACAUCAAGGAUGAUCAUGAAAACCCUGUGGAGGUACUACAACAUUUAGAUGCACCAGCAUCCAGCACCACAAAGAAUUCAACGCAGAAGAAACACUGCAAGCCAUAUCAAGUAUUUGAUGAUAAAACAUUGAAUGCUGGUUCCAAGGCUGGAACAUAUCACUACAAAAAAGAGAUUCACACAUUCCAAGAAUGUAUAGACAAAUGCUGUGAUGUGGAGACAUGUGAUAUAGCCGUGAUGAUGCAGAAAAUGUGCUUUCUUCUCACGUGCAACUCACGUGAAUCAUGUGAUGUAACAGACAUGAAGUCAACGCAAUAUCAACCGAAAAUUGCUUACGUGAGAAUCGCUUUAAUAGAUGCAGACGAUGAUGAAAAGCGAAGAGAUUUUAUUGAAACAUCCAGAGCACAAUCUCCUCUUAAGAUACGAUCAACUCUUCCCAAACAUGCGAGACAUGCUUUAAAACAUUUGGACUUAUCACAGAGCACAGUAAAAACAAAUUACGUGGAACAUUAUAGCGUUUCUAUGGCAACACAACUCAAAAGAAAACAUAAACAAUCUAAAACGAGAUUAUCUGGAUUUCACGAAGAUACAAGACUUAUGAAAUCAAUGCGACCAGUUUUUGUUGGUACCCAAUCUUUCGAACACACAAUGCCACUAAAACAAAAACCAGAAUUGAGACGCCGACAUUCACUUGACAAACAAGCGUUAUCACACGAUGUGCAAGAAAUACAGGAAGCUGGAAACGAAACAAAUCUGGUAUCAAAUGAAACGGAAGUUGAUUUGACAGCCAAUGAGACUGUCCCUUUUUUAGAGUCGACCAAUGAGAGAACGUUAUCAUUAAAAGCUAAAAAUCAACAGUCAAAUGUAUGGGCAAUUCAGCCAAUGCGUGAUGUUGUGAGUUUAAAAGGACAGAGCCAGGAACACUUGUCAGAAAGUAAGGGGAUUGCUUAUAGUACUGCUAAACCUUUGGUAGUUACAGAAAAAAAGUUAUCAAAACCAGAGACUACAAGCAAAGCUUUCGAAAAAAAAAACCAAACAGACUUUCAGAAUAAUGAUACCAUGACUGAGAAUACAACUUCAAGCAAACGCCAGAAACUUCCAGUAAAGAAGAAUACUGUCGAAGAUGUUGACAGGUCUGAUCUGGUCAGUGUUUUUGCUGAUUUGAAGAGUACUGACAAACCAAACAAUGACAUCACUCAUCAGAAUAAGACAAAAGAAAACAGAACUCGUAUUUCUGUUCUUUCGUUUGACGAUGUAAAUAAAAUCACAACCUUGAUUGCCUCUAAUCCUGCAAUGAAGUCGCUAGUAGAUUUAGUUGAUAAAAUUGUACUAAACGAGACAAAUGCAAGACACUAUAUGAACAGUGCAAAUCAUCUGGUUCAAAACUUAAGUAAAAUAAUCGAGCACAAAUUAAACGAAACAAAGGAAAACGAGGCAAAGCUUCCAAAGUUAUUGAGGCAAACUGAAGAUAAGACGACAAACAAGAUGGCUGCACCACUGUUGCAAAAGCUGAACAAACUCAUGAAUGUUGUAACAACGAUGCAGAAGAGAGAAGAGUUGUUGCUUGCCCAGAAACCAACUAAAAGCAGAAAACCAACACACGCAGCUAACACUGCCAUCUUGAAAAAACUCCAAUCAAAAAUCGAUUACAUUUUGCUCCGUUUAAACAAUACAGUAGCGAAAUCAAAUCUCAAAUCAAAUCAAAUCAAAUCUCAUCAAAUCACAAGAAAUGUAAACUUUACUAAUGGGAAGGUAGCACAGAAACUCUCUAAAAGUAAAAACUCUACAGCUGUAUUACCACAUGAAGAAAUAAAAACGAGUAAAAAAUCCGAUAAAAAUAAAACAUCACCAACAGAAUACACAAGCUCAAAAUCAACGAGAGAAUAUAAAAUUGGACCUACAAGACCAAACAGUUUUACAAACACUAAAUUUAGAACCAUGCCAAAGCCUCUUACAUCUGCAAACAAAACUUUUCUGGCCUCUUUUACCUGGAAAGAAAAGACUCAAGCUAAAGAGCUAAUAAAAACCCCUGGAGUGAGCUUUUUAAAAAAAUUAAAAAUUUAUAGUAAUCUUAAAAGGAAGUGUCAUGCUAGUUUUCAAUUUUAUCAAAACUUUAAGCUUAAAAAUGGUUUCGAAAUUCUUAAAAAAGAUAAAGAGAUAAAAACUCCUGAGAGGUGCAUCAAUGCUUGUUGUAAACUCUCAGACUGCAAUGUUGUAUUUCAAAGAAAUGGUGCAUGUUUUUUGUUAAAGUGCACAAAGCGUAUCGAAUGUAAACCAGUCAGGGUAAACCAUGACUCCAGUUCUAUGUUGAUUUACAUUCAGAAGAAAAAUGCUAACAGGAUGAACAUUCCAAAUGACAACAAUGAUGAUAUUGACAAUGACGGUGAGGAAGAGAUUAAGGCAUGGACACCAACGCAGAUUCCAACUGCCACUGUAGUUGAUGACAAAACCAAUAAAAACGGUGACGAAGCCUUCUUUGAAAGCAUCUUAAAUCCAACAUUACCAAAGGUGGUUGAAGAAGAUGAAGACUGUCCACGCAAUGCAGUUGAACCAAACAAGGUACUGAAAGGGGGAUGGCAAGCGGGAGAGUAUCGACCCCACAAAGGUGUGAAGCAACUUGAAGACUGCCGUAAACUAUGUUGUGCUUGGGAAGAAUGCAACGUUGCCCUUGUUAUUGCACAUUGUUUUAACGUGAAAUGCAAAUCAAGGGAGGAUUGCCUACCAGUGGAGACUGAUGUUUCGUUUUUUAAACCACACUUGACCAUUGUCAGAAAAUCUAAUGUCACAAAUACAAGAAAUGAAAUGAAAGACGUGAAUGUUUUUAACCUUCAACCAUCAACUCCGGUCCCAUGGUCAACAAUGGAAGUCCCUACAAACUACAGUCCUCAAGAAACCAAAUCAUUUCAUUUGACAUCUCAAAACAACAUGACAAAAAGCAUUGUUUCAAAAACCAGUGCAAUGUCAUUUCCUGUUCAGCCAAGCAGUGUACCAACAUCCAAUAAUAAGGCUCCAUUACAGAGCUCUAAAAUAGCAAUAAACCAUACAUCUUUAAGACAGAUUAUACAAUCGUCAACCAGUAUUCUGCAAGAAAUUCCACACGCAUCAACAGUUUUUAAUUCAAAUUCUUCUUCUCUGAUCAAAAAUCAAAACAUAACACUUUUUUACUCUCCAUCACGGACACCCAUAAAAAAGAUAGAGCAUGAAGUAUUAGUAGAAGUGGUGGCAACAUAUAAAAAUAACAGCAAGAAGAUGGAGGACAAGAACGACAUUAUGAAGCAGGAAAAUUUCCAUGUCCCAAGUGCACCAACAGAGUAUUCACAAUACAACAAGAACGUCCAAGGAAGCUUCUGGUCUUCUGGGAGUAUCCCACCCUCAGAUAUACACCCAAAGCAUCCUGGUAGCCCUAUGGUGCCUAAAGAAAACGAUGUGCCACAGUUGUCAAUAGUUACCGAUGACAACAGUUAUAUACUUCCUCCUGAAAAAAUAAUGAAGACCUUUAGAAAUCAGAAUUCUGGAAAACAUAAGAUAAGCCCUGUGACAGAGGAUUCCACCGAAUUUGAUGAAGAUGCCGGAGAACAGGAUGUUACUUUGAAACCAAAAUAUUUAGAAAAGGAAUAUUUCCCAAUGAAGGUGUAUCACCCGACGUAUAACGUCACUACAUUGAAACCAUCACUGGUACAACUAAAACAACUGGAAAAGCUAGAAGAAGAAGGCGUCAAACAUGAACGUGUUGAGGAGCCGUACGAAACCAAUCCGGAUGACGAAAAACCGAAAGUAUAUGAGACAAAAAGUGGUCCUGAUCAACCGGACUCGCAUGUUAACAUACCUGACGGUUUACCAACAAAACCUAUUGUUGUUUUCAUUAACCCGGAUGAAGAUAAAACGCAUGCAAUAAAAAUCAAUUCAGUGCUCAAUGAUGCGUAUCCUAAAAAAUCUAAAGAAAGAGAAGAUAACAAGAAUGAGAUGAAUAAGAACUGUGACGUAAACUUUAAACUUUACAACGCUACUUUAAAGAAUGGCUUAAAAUCCGGAAUGUUUUUCGACGAAGGACGAGUUAAAAAUUUCGACACCUGCAUUAAGAUGUGCUGUAAGAAGUUUGAAUGCAAUGUCGCCUUCAUGUUGAAAUCACGAUGUUAUUUAGUAGCAUGUAGAGAACCCAUGAAGUGCUCACCCAUUAUAUCAAAAUCGGCAUACUUUCAGCCUAAAGUUGCAUAUAUACCUCGAUCUGAAGAAACGAGACUGCUUUUCUCACAAAUGGUCCAAAUAUUUUAUCUCAAAGAUGAUGCCAACAAAUCACCAACUAAGGGCUUAAAUUCGUUCACAACUUUCACAUCACCAACAAUGCAGCUGAAAGUUAAUUCAUCUCAGCCUUUUUUGAUUAUGCCGGGAAACAUCAAAGAAUUGCAGUUUUCAUCAGCUAACAGGACAGUACAAUUACCAAUGAAUAUUACAAAAAACCAACCAAAGAUACGUGUGUAUCCUUCCAUGCUUGCCACAAAAGCAGAUGUUAAUAUCUCAAACACAAUUGGUGAACUUCAAAGCAGAUACGUUCGUCCAACACCAUUUGCACAAGUAACAUCAGAUUUUACGGCAACGAGUGCAAUAUUUCCAUCAUCAAAAUUUACAAAUACACAAUUAUUGAUUAAGCCGUCAAAAUCUGUGAUGGUACCAACCUUUUCCAACACAAAGUCGAAUGACUUAAUGGAGUUACAGUUGUUAAGUGUUAAGUCAAUUCAACCAUCUCCUACUCUGUAUUUGAAAAGUGUAUCUUCGUCUUCAUCAAGAAUUGCUAAUUUAAACCAAUAUAAACCGAUAAGUACUGCAUCACAGCUAUUGAAAACUAAUUCUACUGUCAACAAUUCGAAAUGGAGUAAACCCCAUAUGGUGAAUUUACCAUUAUUCAGAUCCAUGCAAAGCAAUUCUAGUGUCAAUCAAAGCAGGUCUUUACACACUCUGCUGUUGCCAUCCAUAAAACAAAUAAAAAUCAGUCCUGUUAUUACACACUUAAAACCAGCUAAACCUCUAACAACCUCAACAAAACCGGCUGCCUUCCAUAUCUUUAAAACUACUUCACCUAGUCUAACUGAAGUAAUAUCACCAUCGAUGUCCAAACUAGUAGUGACCAGUUCAAAAGCGCCAAAAGUGAAAAAUAAAAUGUCCCAAACUGACAGUAACCUACUGCAAGAUGCUUUUAGUAAUAUUGCACCUGUAGUGACUAAACCAAAGCAAAGUAUAAUCAAACCAUCAAAGUCAUAUACACCAAUUGAUAUAGUUCUUGAACGAGCAUUAGGAGAUUCUAAAAGAGAAAAUGAUGAAAAACUCCAAUUCAUGGUAAAAACAAUUGGAGCUGUUAGAAUGGAUUUGUUGAAUCUCAAAAAGAAUUAUGUCAACACAGACCGUCACCAGCAAGAGAAAGAUGAGCGUGACGUUCUAAAUUUGAUUGUUCCUUUGUUGAGAGACUUGAAUGGAACCCAAUAUAAAAUUGUGGAGCGAAUAUUUAAAGGAAAUAACAAAAACAACAACAACACUAACAAUAAUAAGAACAACAACUUAGAUAGUCAUCAAGUGGAUCAACUCGCAAACAAGAUUGUGCAAAGACUAAAGGAAGAAUCUCCACGAGUGAACGCAUCACCACAGUUUGACGUGUUCACCACAAAUACAACAGCGUCAUCUAUACCAUCGAAUGCUUCAAUGAUUCGAGAACAAACAUCAAAUGAGAUAAAUGCAGAAAACUUGACAAAUUUGAUGCAAGAAGCAUUUGAAAAAUUUGAAGACAAGCUAAAGCAAAAUUCAUCAAUAAUUAAAAAGAAACUAGCUGUGAAUAGCAAAAGUGUUAGUGAGGUUAUCCAAACAACGCGCACUCCUGCUGCUGUUGUUGUGGGUGUGACUAAAAUGUUUACUGAUCACACAAUAGGAAAUUUAACUCCAAUUGAAGUUCAGAAUGUAAAUGGAGAAAAGCGUGGAACAUAUAGGAAUGAUGGAUAUAACAGAAUGCAAAAUCCUGAUGAAGAUGAGCAUUAUAUUAUGGAUGAUGACCGAGAUUACAUGGGAAAGAACAACAUUGGACUAAAAUCGGCAUACAAUGUACACCAACAUGAUAUACAAAGUGCUAACUUUACGAACAUUGUUAAUAGAAUGGAAAGUUUUUUUGACCAAAUUCACUUAAUUAAUGAGAAUUUGUUGAAUUUAAAGACAACAGCAAAAACAAAAGAAGAGCUAACUCUUCAGCAAGCAAUUCAUCGUGAGAUCAAUGCAUUAAACAUAACAAGUGCUGUGGAGAAAAUUGGAGAACAAAUCAAAGAGUAUUCCAACGAAAUCAAGGGCGAAAAUAGACAAAAUAUUAAACCACUGAUUGAAAGAUUAGGCGCCGUUAUGACAAAUAUCUCAAAUUUAGAAAUGAAAAGAAUUUCUGCAACAAACCAAACUUCAUCUGAUUUAAUCACUGCUGCAGUACAGAAAGAUUCGCGAUUUUUUUCUAAAACAAACGUGUAUAAGAAAGACCAGAUCCUUGGAAACGCUACAAGUUUUGCGCAAUCUUUAAAAGAUGCUAACACAGAGAUGAAAAGUUUAAAGGAGAAGUUUAAUAGCUUACUUCAAUUUUUUAACUCUUCGAUAACAGUGCAGAAAUCAGUGCUAACUGGAUUUACUAAAGUAAUGAAUCGAACGUUCCCUUCAAGUCAGGAAAAUUUAAGCACAAGUCCACCAAAGAGAAUAUACCAUCCAAACAUUGACAAUGCUCUCGCACAAACAUCAAUCAUACAACCACCGACUAUUUGUUUACAUUCUUUGUCAUUAGUGAAUUAUAUGUUACUUGGGGAGUUAGGAUCUAAAAUAAUUGCACAAUUUGACGUUGAUACUUUUUCAAAUUGCAUAAAGUUGUGCUGUAAUCAAGCCGAAUGUGACAUAGCUUUUAUGGUACAACGACGUUGUGUUUUGGUACAAUGCGACGACCAGCAGAAGAAUUGUGCAAUUGUAAAAGCCAGACCCGGCCCUCUCUCACCUGUGCUGUCGGUAAUGUCUAGAUAUAAAGAGCGCGUACAUAAAAUUUCAGCUAAUAAAAAUUAUCAAUCCACACAAAAUGAUGAAGCAGCAAUAAGAAAGAAUGUUCAACCCAGCAUGAAAGAGACAAGUUACUUGACAACAUCAUCACCUUUAACAUCGAUUGCAUCGUAUCUAACGUCAGUAACAACUAUCCCGACAACAUCCACGACAACAACCACAACAACUACAACCACAACAACAACGAUGGUACCGACUGCAGCAACUACGUCAUCUACAACGAGCACCUCACCCACUGCGACUCGAACAACAACAACGACGACGCCAACGACGACGCCGACGACACCGUCAGCUGCCACAACAACAAAGCAAGCUUCAACUUCUUUAAAACUCUGCUCUCAUUCUCCACCAAAAGUCGGUUUUAAAAUCCAAGGGGGAUUAAAUAAAGCUGUAUUUACACCAGAGAAUAAUGUUUCAGAUUUUUACAGAUGCAUCAACUCUUGUUGCAAAGACGUGACAUGCGAUUAUGCAUUUAUGUUAAAGAAACAGUGUUACCUUGUGCAUUGCAAAAUCGAUGGAAAAUGUCAAAUGAUCCCUGCAAAAGUUUCGUCAUCUUUAAUACCCGUCGUGUCGGUUAUGCGACGGUAUGUACAACGCCAAAGCGAGGCAUUGUUGCUUCAGCAAAAGAUGAUGUUAUUAAACGCAACAGAUGUAGCAGCAGCACAAAUAACUGCAAACAAAAAAACAAAUAACUCGCUGACACCACCACCAACAACAACAACAACAACACAGCAAGGUAAUGUAACAUUCACAGCAGCAACAGAGAUGCCACAACUAAAACAAAGCCAGCAGAGUAUAGAUCACCUGCAAAAUCAAACUAACGCAGAUGCAACAAACAAAAAUUUGCAAAGUAAAGCUUUGCAAGAUCAAAUAUGGUUUUUAAAAGAAGCCAUCAACGCAGAACACCAACGUGGGAAGGAAACCACAGAUGGUAAUAAAGGGGACUUUGACCCUGAAACACAAACUCAUUUACUUCGUACUUCGAAUACAUUUAAUACCAUGUCUGGGCUACAUGGGCUUACAAUUUAUCCACAGAAACAACACCAUACAUCCUUGACACCUCCCCUGUGUCAGUAUAGCCCGGUUUCUUACAAUGUUUCGCUGCGUCGAGGAAAGGAUUCGGGCUAUUUUACCGACCAGGGGGUUGUUGAGGAUGCAAUCCACUGUGCGAGAAUUUGCUGCCAGUCUCCUGAAUGCGAUGUGGCAUUUAUGCUAAAAAACAAAUGUUUUACCGUGAAUUGCGUCAGUUUAGAAGACUGUUUACCGGUAGCAGCGAAAUUUUCGCGUUUUCCGACUGCUGCAAUAUAUGUCUUCAAACACGUUGAAACGAGUAACACGUAUGUUAACAACCCUGUUGUAAAAACAGGACCAGAGCCUGUGAAAACAGGUCCUGAUAUUACAAAUUCAAGACCAGAUGUGACACCAUCUAAAAGAUCAUUUCAGGUUAGGACUUCUCCAACUACUACUAGAGUCCACACAACGAAUGAUAGACUUGAGUUUGCACGAAAACUGAACACAUUCUUAACUAACCAUGGUUUUAAUGACGGAGAAACUUUUCAUGCUAUCAAAGAAAAUCCACAACAUGUUGAAAAAAAAGUAAAAGAUGAAAAUUCAAUCAAAGAGAAAUAUAAAGAUGCAGAUUCCCCAACUAAUAAAAUGGUGAAUAUUAAUAUAUACACUGGUGAUACGUCACGUGAACAUGCCGGAGACGAAGAAAAACAAAAACAAGAUGAGCGUGCGCAAACAAAACACGUUAUUGAUACGAAUCUUGUCAAAAAUACUAAUCAAGACCAAAAGACAAUCGAGGCUGUACAUCCAAUCAAAAAUAUAUCUAAAGCAUCUAUGAAAACAGCUUCCCGUCAUCAUCAAACAUCCAAAAAUAUAGUGAGUGAAACCACGACGUCAACAAAGUCGCCAACACGUCAGAGAGAAGCUUCCCCACCAACAGCAAAGAGCUUCCGUAAGAAAAAUCAGCAUGUUGAGACACCAAUAAUGGUCACUAAUAAUGGAAGGGAAGAAAAAGAAAGUAAGUCAAUAAACAUUAUAAAUGACGACGACUCUGAUGACGUAGACAUGAUGUCUCCUCAUGAAGUGCGGAAUGUACACAAAAACAUUGUUGAUGAAGACGACCUGGCCGAAAACUCUCAAAACAGGGGAGUGUUUGAUGAUUCCGAAACAACGAAUGUGAAAUCUUAUCCUACAAAGAGACAUGAGAAAUUCUCAGUUGUACCACGACAACCAAGAAUACAACAUGACAGUGAGGACUCCUUUAAUAACGAUGAUAUAAUCAAUAUGUUACAACACUCAACACAGCCGAUGAAGAAACGCAAAAAGAUCUCCAUUGUAGAUGAUGAAAAUGUUGCAGAUAUUGUUAAUGACAAUGUAAACGAAGAUAAAAACGAAGAUAUAAACAUUGAUGAUGUUGACGAUCCGAUAGAAGAAAUAGAUCGAAUGGUUUCAAAUAAGUGCUCUCUUGGAGAUCUGCAAGAAGGUGUAGCUUUGAAAGAUGGCUUUAAGGCGGGUACAUACACGGAAAAGAGUGACGUUACAGACAUGGAAACUUGUUCUGAUUCCUGCUGUCAAGACGACACAUGUGACGUAGCAUAUAUGAUAGGAGAUCGAUGCUACACUGUAUCGUGUUACCACCAGUCUUCUUGUGAAACUGUGAAAGCGAGAUCGAAUCCGUAUUCUACACGUGCGCGCGUCAUAAGAAAACGGAAUAGCAAAGAUACCUUAGCUUCAAAUCCUUCGCCAACCACUGCAACCGGGAAAAUAAAAUGCAAAACAAAAACUUUUAAAACUUCUAUUACGUUAACCCGCGGCUUACAAGCUGGUUCCUUUAAACGACAUGGAGUAGUAGCCACUGAUGCAGAAUGUUUUCAGUUGUGCUGCACGGAAGAAAAUUGUGACGCUGCAUUUAUGUUAAAGAGUUAUUGUUACACUGUGAAAUGUCAAAAUCAUGUCUGUGAGACAAAAUAUUUGAGAGAUGAUGUUUACAAGCCAAGAAUUGCUUUUAUAACUGAUGAUUCCAAUGCAAUGAGAAAGUCUAUUAUAUCGCCACCAAAAAUCACAACAAAUCAACAAAUUCCAUCUACACCACCUAUGACUAUAUUCUUUGAGAAUCCUCAAGAUUCAUAUGUGCAAGAAGAUGAUCCUUCAAUUGGAUUUUUCAGUAAAGCUUCGUCUCCUCAAAGAGAUGAUGUCACGAUAGAAACUAAAGAAAAUCAAGUAAACAAACCAAAAUUUCUCCGAAAGAGUAAGGAAGAAAACCAAUUGGAGCUGAUUGAAAAAGAAAUUGCAGAUUUAUCAACGAAGGUGAUUCCACCAACUAAACAAAUCCCAAUUGUUGAAACCAAAUCACCAGCGUCAUUGAAGAAAACACAAGGAGUUGUUACUGACCUGGGUGCAACCAAUGCUGGAUUAGAUGUUUGGAAUAAACUGAAUUCUAUGGAAGGAUCACGGAAGCAUGUUGAGUAUGACAAUGAUGCUAAUCCUACAAUGUUUGCUGCUCGAACAUCAAAACCAAAUGGUAAAAACAUCAACCCGACUUACACGAAUGGUAGAGAACAUGAACCUGUUAUAAAAAUAGUUGAUGAUGAUGAUGACGAUGAUGAUGAAGAUGAUCUUGAUGAGGAGGAGGAUGGGGGUGAAGAUCCACAUGAAUACGUUGAUCAAAAUGGCAACUGGAAAUUUCCAUAUGGUGUUAAGCCAAACCAAGGGAAAUAUGUGGAUUUAGGAAGUGACACGAGGACAACCCGUCGCUCCUGGAAGGCAAGAUCGGAGACUACCUCUAAAAGAACAUACGCACAUCUUGAUUUGGACACAUUGGACAAGCAUUCUGACAUUAAAAGCAUUAUAAUCACACCACAUCACGAUGAUGUCAAACCAAGUAGGGAAUCAUACCGAAAAGUAUCACGGUCUUCGCUACGUGGAAACCAUGGAAGCCACGUGCAUGGGGAGAAGAUAGUGACAACCGUACAUGAAGAUAGAACGCCUGAUGAAGAAGAGUACCGAUUCGUGAAGGUACCUACAAGUCAUAAGCAUGCCUUUUCCCCGGUAGACGAAACAGAUAAAGAUGGAGGAAAAACAGGAUCUGUGUAUGCUGUUAAACGAAAAAAUAAGCAUAGUGAGGGAUUAUUAGUCGGUGAGAACAACGAAUUAGAUGAUGACGUAUUUGGUAGCGAAGAAGAGGUUCGAGCGAUGACUAAAAAUGCAACCAAUCCAACUAAGACAUUAAUGGCAGAUCUUGAGAAGUUAGAGACGAACCAUACAGAUAAAAUAAAAGAACUACUUUCCGACAAUUUGAAGAAUAUUGUAUCUGAAGUUAGACACGAAGUCAGUGCGUUGAAACCUGAUAAAAACAAAAAUGACGUCAGACAUGAAGAAACAGCGCAUCGUACUCAACCUACAAGAUCUCCUGUUAAGUCGUCAACCAAAACAUUGGAACAUACUGCACGUCAAGUUACGCGAAUAAAACAGCCUCUACAACAAGAAAGUGUAGGGCGGCGUCAUUUACCGAUCGAGAGGCGUAACAACGGUAACAGCGGCAACAGCGGUAACAGCGAUGAAACAAUAAAUAAAAAGGCAACGAAAGCUGAUGUAAAACGUAAACUUGAACAACAGAUGCUCAACCUAACAGCAGAAAUACAUAAGUUAGAAGUUCAAACUUUAGAAAGAAGAAAAACAACCGUAACUAAAAAUCAGCAAACAAAGAAAUUAGAGCAUGUUACUCCUAAAAUAACAACCAAGACGACCAAAACAACGACAACUACGACGAAAAAACCAACAACAACAACAACUACAACGAAAAAACCAACAACGACGACGACGAAAGAACCAAAAACGACAACGACGAAAAAACCAACAACGACGACCACGAAAAAAUCAACAACGACGACGACAAAAAAACCAACAACGACAACUAAAAAACUUUCGAUUAAAACAAGUACAACUUUGCAUAAGAGACCAACAACAACCAUGUCUCCACAUACCAAGCAGAAAGUUUCUAUAAGACACACUGAACAUCAUAAAGCACAGGCGUCCAACCAUUUUUCUACACCAACAAUCAAACACGCAAGAAGAGAAAAUGUUCAUCGACCCACCGCACCCAUCACGGUUCAUCAUGUGUCACAUACACGAAAGAAACCGUCAUCGAAACAACGAAUAUUUGUGCCGACAAAAAAGAUUAAGCAGACAACACAUCACACACCAACAAGGAAGCGACAUACGCCAACAAUUCCUAAGCACCAUAUGACAACGGCAAGCAAGCCCACAAAACAACGAACUAAAACACCGACGAGACGUCAGCAAGAAUCACUCUCCUCGCGUCGUCAACGUAGAACAAAACAUGCUCCGACAAAGGCCAGUCAUACGUCACCAAUCCAUCUCAAGCGAUCUACAGUUCAACCUCUGACAACUCCACAUCAUUCUCCGACAAAAAAGCAUCAAUCGCCAACGAAAGAGAAGAAAUUGACCCAUCCAACAAGACAUAUUGAUGAACGCACACCGACUAAGAGACAAUAUAUUACACGACCGCGUCACACUUUAGUCAAGGUGACCAAGGCUCCUCAUAUGUACACAAAUAAAGCAGCAGCGUUGGCCUCUCAACUUGGUGACUUGUAUCAUGAAAGUGAAGAAGAGAGUGAAGAACACUCAACACCACCAAAAGAUCAUCUCAAUCCAAACAAAAUUGAUUUUAAUGAAGGAGAAGAAAAAGAAAUUAAAUCAACUGCAGUCCCCCAUGUUACACUUCAACCAUUAAGGCUACCUUUAGUAGCAGAAGAUUCGCUUGCUCAUGUUCAACCUGGAAUACCACCAACCCAUACUGAUCAGACAGCACGUAAUCAAGUUAACAACCUAGAUGAACUGUUUUCUUUCAAACCUGACGAAUCAUCAGAAUUAGAAGAUCUAACAAUAAACACUGCUUUGAAAACAGCUCCAACUGAAUUACAUUCUAAAAUGCCAACAAAUGCAACUUCAUCUGCAGCAACAAAGACGCAACGUGUAAACAUUCCAGAUUUAGAAACCACAACGACACGUGUCCAUAGCACAGAAAAGUUGACAGAACAAAUGGAAAAUUCAACGACGUUAAAAGAAACAAAUAAAACAAAGGAUUUGAUGGAGUUUUUUGACCUAGGUAUUGAUUAUUUCGACCCAUCAGUUCCAAUGAAUGAAAAAGCGACAGUUCCAACUUUAGGUGACUUCUCAUUUCUUGAUCAACCUACAAACACUUCCACAAUCUUUCUUUCUCCUUCAAAACUCAAAGAACUUGAUCCUGAGACACCAACGUUUUCAGACUUAAACCGCACUGAGUCAUAUAUCAACAAAACAUCGAGCAGCAUAGCAAAUUCGAAUUCGACAGCAAACAAAAACAAAGGAGAUAUAGGGACAGUAUACACACCACAAAAGAACAGACUAGAAAAUUCAACUUUAACGAACCACUCAAUAACGGAACGAAUUUUGAAGGUCUCGAGUCACAAUGAGUCGUUUUCGAAUCUCCAUAAUAGUUCGUUUUCUAGAGUAAAGUCAAACAAAUGGUUAGAAUUGAGGAAAACAAACUUUACUGCACGGUUGCCUGAGGAGGAUGAAGAUAUUUUUGUCAUCAACAUCACGAAAGUCAAAAAACACAAACAAAUGAACCCAGCCAAGAAGAGUAAAGUACCUCCCAGUCCGCAUAGAAGAAAGAAAGGAGAAAUUACAGGAACAAACUCUGCUCUUAUUCAUUACGGUUUCGAAAAUUUCAAACUAAAUGAAAUAGAUGAUGAUAGUGGAAAUUUCAUUAAUGCCGUGUUAGUGGGCGGCGCACGUGUGACCAGGAAAGACGCGAAAUGCGGCGCAGCUAUUGAUUUAUCUGGUGGAGAAAUUGUCAUCAAUGGUCAAACGUUACAAGAACGGAAACUAGAAACUAUAACAGUUGCUAUGUGGGUGAAAGUGAACACUGAGGAGGAAAACUUAAAUUUAUUUAACAUCGAUUCAGCUGCCGAUGGUUCGGGAGCAGUUCUCACACUUGAAAUUAAAGAUGGAAAAAUACAUUGGAAUCACCUAGAUGAUAAGGGUAACGUCAUAUUUGAUUUGCUGACAGUGCAAAAAUCAAAGAUGCCGUCAGGUCUAUGGUCACACGUCGCCGCCACAUACGAUUCACAUAAAAGUCAAGCAAAACUAUUUCUUGAUACUCAAUUUCUUAAAGCCGAAUCUGGGUUCGGUACCAUGUCAACGAACUUUAAAGGAAAAGUCUCAAUCGGAAAAGACGGGACAUUACCGGGACUGGUGGACGAGUUCUAUUUAUUUCAAAAACCACUGGCUUACAGUGAUAUAAAGGAUUUAUCCGAGUUAUGCAAUAUCGGGAUUGAUUACCCAAUUCCGAUGGAAACGGGUGCAUACACCGGAAUAAUAACCGAUUCUCAAAUCAAAGCAGCCAAUAUGAAAUUGGCGCAUCGUCAUUCAAAUGUUGAGAUAAAAAACGGACCAGAUAAGGGAGACGACGAUAACCUAAUUCCAGAACAAUGCAAAAAGCAGGCUGUAUUAUUCAACACCGACAUUCAAGGUGGAAAGACUGCCGGCAUUUUUACUGAUGUCGGCGACAUGAUGUCAAUCGAGGGUUGCAUACAGAAAUGUUGUGUUUCACCGCGAUGUAAUGUUGCUUAUUUGGAGAAAAAUAGAUGCUAUAAUGUUAUUUGUCACUAUCCCGCAUUGUGUCAACCUGUAAAAGCUGGUAAAGCUCUUGUCACACUGGGCUAUGUUGUCCGCGAUGGAGACUCUGUAUAUCAUCCAGAAUCUCUACCUUCAACUGCUUUGCAACCUACUGCUCCGCAAAUUACUCAACAAGCGAUCAAACGUGAUAAACACAGAUGCUUACAAAGUAUGGUUUAUUAUGGCGUGGCCUUACGCGGAGGAUGGACGGCGGGGAAAUUUUCAGACAUGGGAAUUGUACCAAGCCUUCAUAAGUGCGUCCAACUUUGUUGCAAUGAUAGUGCAUGUGACCUGGUUAUGCUGAUGAGUCAGAAAUGUUUCACCAUUCACUGCUAUAACAUAGAAGAUUGUCAAACCGUUCCUAAUGGGCAUGCGCAGAUUGCAUACAUCAGUCGAGAGGGAUAUCAGUCUAUUGUCCCAACAAAACCAGCAUCUUCAGUUGCAAGUCACCCACACCCUCCGACAAAGAAAGUAAGCCCAACAGGUAAACCUGGUGUAACGGCGUCUCCAACUAUUAGCAGUAAGAGAGCUGACAUGAUCUUGCAUCUAUCGUUUGAUCGCAUGGAUGAAGAUCAAGUUCUCGAUGAUUCAGGUUAUAACAACAAUGCAAGAAUGACCAACGGGGCAAAUAUAUCUCCGGGUGGUGGCAUUCGUGGUAAUGGUGUGAUGUUUCAAGGCGGAAAUGUCUUACUCGAUCCGGAAAUGUUUAAUCCAAAACCGAAAAAAGCAAUAACAAUUGCAUUGUGGGUAAAGUUACACGAUAUAGAUGGGAAGCAUAGCAUUUUUAGCACGUUUGAUAAAAGAAAACAACAGUGCUACCAUUUUGAAGUGAUUGAUGGUAGAGUGCGCUGGUAUCAUAGAAACGAAGAAAGAAAACAAAUCUUUUCCGUUGAAACGAGUCCAAUGUUAACUAGAAACACCUGGUCACAUGUUGUAGUAACGUACGAUGCUGAUAAUGGCGAAGCUAAAAUUUACCUCGACGGAGGAGUGCAUUCUAUUGGGAUUGGCCAAGGAGAGCUGUCACAAGACUGGAGUUUGAAAGCUGGAUUUGGUGUAGGAGAAGGAGGGAAACCUCUUCAUGGAUUUCUUGACGAUAUUUACAUAUAUAACACAGCAUUAUACAGAGAUGAAAUCAUAAAAUACGUCACGAGUUUUAAAGAAAAGCAUCACGUGAAAUCACCGCCGCCAAUCACGGCAAAAGUUACCUUCACGACGACGAAACGUCCAACUACAGUUCAUCACUUCACUCACAGACAAACACAUACUCAUAAGCUCAAAACAAAGCCAACCCAUAUUCCAUUUCGAGUGAGCACGCCACACAGAACUUCCCAUCAACCAACACAUACCAAUCAAAGAACAACUAUGCUCAGGAAACACACAACAAAACAUUUGGCCCUGUUCACACAGCACAAACAAACUAAAAAGUUACCAACAUUCAAGCAACCGAUUGUAAAACUGCCCACAGUCAAGCCGAAGAUUCCUCACCCGCCCACACUUCCUAUGACAACAAUAAAGCAAAAACACGUUGCAACCACAGCAACUACGACGACUGCAUCAUCGACUACUAAGCAAACAACAUCAAUAACGACGACGACGACGAAAGCAAAGACGACAGCGUCAACAACAACAGUUGCUGUUUGUAAGCCGGGAAAUGUUUACCAGUACACGGAUUUAAAGGGAGGUUUAAAUGCUGGAAAUUUCUUGGAUAGAGGAAUAACAACAGGAAUAUCACAAUGUAUCGAGUUAUGUUGUGAUCAUCGCACAUGCGACUUAGCGUAUGUGUUGUCCGGACGAUGUUACCUUGUGGAGUGUUAUACUGAGGAACUUUGUUCAAUUGUUCCGAAAGGAGUUGGAUUGAUAUCUCCAACAAUCGGGAUGGUAAAAAGACCGGGCGGACCUAAAAUUCCAGAACUGGACCUGUCAAUCGGAACACUACCAGCCAGACCGUUUUCAACAGAUAGAUUUCACAAGCCACCUGAAUCAUUAGAAGACUUCAACGAACUGGAACUCGAACUAUCGAAAUCAAAGCAAGACAAAACGAAAGAGCGACAAUGUAGAUUUAAACCGACAAUGAAUCAUACGACAUUUAUCGGCGGUUUACGAGCAGGAAAUUUUACGAACAAAGGUGUCGUAACUUCAAUGAAAAUUUGUCAAGAUUUAUGUUGUAAGGGAAUGAAUUGUGACGUAGCGGUUAUGAUGAAACACACGUGUUUCUUGGUGCACUGUAAAAACGAAGAACUCUGCAAACCAAGAAAAGCGCAAUUAGAGACUUUUAGUUUAUUGUUGGCAUAUCGAGACAAAAAAGCAGAGGAAGAAGCUGAGGAGAUGGCAUUAUUACAAACAACGUCUGCACCAACGACAACAACAACGUCGAAACCCAUAACAACGACAACAACUAUAAAGAAAACAACAACACCGACAGCGACACGUCGCACGACUUUAAGUUUAAUCUCGAACGAUUUCACUCCAGAUAUUCCAGCAGCACUGAGACCAAACAAAGAUGUCCGGUCGUGGUGUUUGAACAGUUUUAUUCUUACUGGUGUACAUCUUGUUGGUGGAAUAAAUUCAGGACCCCGUCAAGAGUUGGGCAAAGUAGAUACUAUAAACGAAUGUAUGCGAAAAUGCUGCAAUAUGACGGAUUGCACUGUCGCUUAUCAUGACGGUAACAGUUGCUAUGCGUUACGAUGUUUAAAUAAAAACAAAUGCAAAACGAAAAUCGGAAGCACUGAAGAGAGUGUCGGUUAUGUAAUCCGAAACGGGUGGAGCUUGUUUAAGAGCGAACAGGAAGCGUUACAAGGAGCAAUGUUUACAAAUCCGUCUUCGGAUUCUGAAAAUGUUCAAACUGGAAGUCCCGAUAAUAACAAAACCUUGAGUCUGGAGAACCAUGUUGGACUUAUCGACCAUCCAAGUUUAGCACAGGGAAAUAACUUUGGAUACUGUGAAAAGAAAGAGACACUCAAAGAGAGAAGAUUGAUAGAGGGCAUGAAAUCAGGUGUGUUUACAAAUCAUGGCGAUGUAAGUGACUUCGAGUCAUGUGUGAUGUACUGUUGUCACGACAGGUCGUGUGAUCUAGCAUAUAUGGUACAAAGUACGUGCUACAGUAUCAAAUGCUUUAGUUCGGAUUCGUGUAAAACAUUCGUCGUGCCGACUUUUUUCGUCAAUCCUGUGAUUGCUUUCGUUUCACGCACGCCAAGUAGCGUAUUGAAAUUGGAGAGCCCUGCAAAGGAGAAUCAUAACAAAUCCCUCUCCGGCGGAGUGGAUAAAAACAAACAUCUUUUUUAUGCCGACCAUGAUAUCACGGACAUACCAGAUUUAAGUAAAAAUAGAGGUAAAGAAGUUCAUAAGCAAAACGGUGGAGUGUCUCAUUUUAAUAGAAAUAAAAAAGAGAAAAACCAUCACGCUAUUCCAGACAAGAAAAAAAGCGUUCCUCCGGAGAGCAGUUACCUCCAGAACCUUGUUCAUCAAAUUCUUGGCGAGGAUGCGUCCGGUUCUGGCGAUAUUCAGUCUGGUACCGGUCCAGAAUCUGGCAAUUUACCGACAUCAGGUUAUGGAUCAGGAUAUAGACAUAAUCAUUUACAACAUCUUAAGCCUUUACGGCUUAAAAAGCAUAAAACUCACCAUCGCCAUACCACUAAGACUCCCCAUAAAAAGCAUUCGACGCGUCAUUAUCGCACGUCACCCAAACCGACAACGAGAACCACUACUCGCAUAACAACGACAGAAGAAAUGAAGCAUUAUUUUCCGAUGGACGACGUUGAUUUUGAAACAAUAAAAGCAUUAAGUCCUGAGAAAGAUUAUACAAGCUGUGACGCUUCAUCUUACGGCUGCGAGCAUUUCUGUAUCUCUCUUCUCCAUGGUGGAUAUCGUUGCAUGUGUCGUAAAGGCUUUAAGCUUGCGUUAGAUGGAAAACAUUGUCUGUAUGAAGGAGUGUGCGAUCCAGUUGCUCACCACUGCAGUCAAGCAUGCCAGUUUGAAAAUGAAGGUUAUUCCUGCCAAUGUAGAAGUGGUUAUAUUAUGAUGAGAAUGAUGAAUAACACCUGCGAAGACAUGGACGAAUGUGCCAUGGGUAUACACGGUUGUAGCGAUAUUUGCAUAAAUACCCCAGGUAGUUAUAAAUGCCAAUGCAGUGAGGGAUAUACUCUUGCCCCAGACAGAAUGACUUGCGAUUCAAUAGAAGCAUCUGCAACAAAGAAGAGUGUAAUUGACAGACCAGAACGAAGGUUUACCAUUCCUGCUAUGAUUGAAACACCAAAAACAGAAAGUGAAGUAACACAAGGUCAUAAUUUAUUGUUGCAAUGCAAAACCCAGGGUCAACCAGUGCCAGCAAUAAUAUGGACGUUUGGUGAAAAUGUUUCGCAACCACUGACAUCUGACGAUAGAUAUUCUAUACUACCAGGAGGAAACCUCUUCAUACAAGAUGCUUCAGUGAAUGAUACAGGUCUGUACACCUGCAUUUCUUCCAACGUUGCCGGUACCGAUACAGCUCAGAUGAAAGUUACCGUGAAAGAUGUUGACGAAUGCGAAAAUGGAAUGAACCGAUGUAAACAACUUUGUUACAACACAUACGGCAGUUACAAAUGUGGUUGUUAUCGAGGUUACAAACUUUUGGAUGAUCAAGUCAGUUGUCAAGACGUGGAUGAAUGCGAGCAAGUUAACAAUUGCCAUCAAUUUUGUUACAACACGGAAGGGAGUUAUUCCUGCGGAUGCGGUGAAGGCUAUCAUUUGAAUGUUGACGGAACGCACUGUGAUGAUAUUGAUGAAUGCGCAAGUCCAUUUCAUGGGUGUGCACAGUUAUGUAAUAAUACGAUUGGUGGAUACUUUUGCACAUGCGCAGAAGGAUAUAACAUGACAACGAAUAACAGGACUUGUGAAAAAACCACACUUCACAGUCACUCAAGAUUGUCACCGAGAUUUACCACCAAACGAAUCAUGUACAUUACAGUGACGGCGUCGUUAAUUGUGACAAUAUUUGUCGUGGCGGCGUCGUUGUUUUAUCUAUUUCGAAAUUACAAAAAGCGCUGGAAGUGGAGACAGGAACUAUCAAGACAAAACCAGCCACCGAUCCACACACGAAGCUCAGCCAUUUAUUCCUGGAAUUAAAUAAAAAAAGAACUUUUGUUAUAAAUGAAAAGACAAAAGCAAGCAGGUCUGUGCAUGGUUCAAAGGAUGUAAACAAACAGUUUGUCGUAACAGCGGUCAAAUUUACCGUAAUAAAAACACUCAAAACUAAAAAUACGCGUUUGAUCAGCUACAAUUGCAUGAAACGACAUAAGAUAUACAAAGGCGACAUAAAAUGUCAAGUUAGAUGUGUAUGUGUCAACCUCGUGUCCAAGCUUUCCAUUUGGACUGAAAAUGAGGUUGCUUGAUGAGUAGUUUAGUUGUUUUUUGUAUUAGCUUGCGUUAUCAUUGUAUAUAUGUUAAUAUUUUUUUAUAUUUUCUGUUUCUUAAUAAUUUUUCAAAAAUUGAACACUGGUUGAAUAAAUAGAUAUAAGACUUUGUAAAAAUGAAUUUGUAAAUUGACAUUUUUUAUAAUUUUUAAUAAAUUAUAUUUAUUUUUAA